GAUCCCAGCUCUUCCUCGGUGUUUAGUGCACAGCCCUCUUCCUCCUGGGUAGAAAACCUGGGUAAAAAUCGUAUGCUAUUUGUGAUUCAUAUGAUUUUCAUUAAUCUCUCUACAUGCCCAUCACACUUAUUAGAUAUUCUCUUCAUUGAUCACCAGGCACUGGAGCGUUACAGGGUUACAGUAUGCCUCUUCCGGUGAUAGCGCCUCUCUUCAGUCCUGUUUCAGCUGGCCAGCUCUGGUCCUCUGUUACAACUGUGCUGCAGUGCGCUGGCUGAGAAACGUCUUCUUUGGCGUGAUUUGCCUCAGUUUUGGUGAUGUCAUGUUUCUAGAGUAUUUCUCAACGGUGCGUCUGAAAGGAGAGAAGUCUUUGGCCGUGGUUGCCUGCACAUCCUUCCCUAUUCCCCCAUUCCUAAUAGCCGCACUCUAGUCUGGGAGUCUGGGAAUCCCCGCUUUGUCGUUGAACAAACGUAUAUAUUCUUGUAGAACUGAUUCAGCAUAUUUUCAGAACGCUUUCUUAGAAGAAGGAAAGAAAAUGCUCAACACUCGACACUUGGAUAAAAACUGACAGGAUUGGCAGAGUAUUCCCCUGCCUGCGGUAAAAUGGUGCAACGGUAAUAAUAUCAAUCAUUCUGUACACGUUUAAGAAGUGUAAUUAAAAGGAACAAAUGGGUAGCUGUGGAGCAGGGGUUGUGGAUCUGUACCUGUAACCUGUAACUGAGAGGUUGUGGGUUCGAGUUCCAGGUGAGACACCGUCUCUGGCCAGGUGCCUUACCCAAACUGGUUGAGUAAAGCACAUGUGUGCCCGCGCGAGUGCUGGCCCAGUCAGUAAACGAAUGUGCAGCCUGCCCAUUCCAACAUGACGUGUGCCGCAGCGGGGGUCUCCUCCUCACGCAGGGUCCUGAACAUGGAGCACAGCCUGGUGCAGCAGUCGCGGGGCCGGAGGGGCGAGGUGUUCUGCCUGCUCAAGGAGAAGGUCUUCACCACGCAGACGUGCUCCAUCGCCGAGCAGGUCCAGGAGCAGGAGAGCUGCGGGGGGCGGCUGAGCUUCGCACCCCGGAGGAUCCAGGUCUCGGUGAAUGAGAAUGGUAGCCUCCAGCUGGACAGCAACGUCAUCCUGGAGAUCCCCCCCAAGACCACUCUCGCUUACAGCAUCAUAGAGCUCGAUGUGAAACUGAACGGGGAGUACGGUGAGCAAGCCGUAGUCCGGCGCUCUCUUCCAUCUGGAGCUGUGCAGGGCGGGGAGGGGCGGAGCCCAGCUCAGGGGAGGGUCUGAGCCCAGCGCCCCUGGGCAGCAGGGCGGGCAGGGUCUGAGCCCAGCGCCCCUCGGCAGCAGAGCGGGGAGGGUCUCGGAGCCCAGCGCCCCUCGGCAGCAGGGCGGGGAGGGUCGGAGCCCAGCGCCCCUCGGCAGCAGGGCGGGGAGGGUCUGAGCCCAGCUCAGGGGAGGGUCUCGGAGCCCAGCGCCCCUCGGCAACAGGGCGGGGAGGGUCUGAGCCCAGCGCCCCUCGGCAGCAGGGCAGGGAGGGUCUGAGCCC